AAAAGAACCUUUUGGGUGUAUGUGUGGUGUUUUUCAGUAUUAACUGCCCAGGUACUGGUUGGGGCAUAUCUGCAUAACUGCUGUGGGGUUUUAUUCAUUUAUUUAUUUUUUUAACCAUAAGGGACUGUUAUUGCACCCUGCUGGAGGAUCUGUGAGUGAUUCAGACCAGUGGAGGGAGUUUCUGUGUAUGCCGGGUGGUUGUAGGAUAAUCUUGUAGCAGGCAGAUAUGGCCAACAGUAUCUAGAGGGGAUUUAGAAUCAUUGUUUUUUCAUUUCUGUUCGUUUUCUGUCUGUCUACUAAGUGGUGUUUGUUUUAAAAUUGCGACUCUAUAGGUUUCAUCCUUGAGAAAAUCUUUAGUUUGGGAGGAUUGUAUUGCUUUUAUUAUUACAAGUUUCAAUAUUGGAGGUUGGGUAACAAUCCAACCAAUCUGAAUUACAAACCAAGUUUCUAGCCCUUGCUGAGCACUGAACAGGGGGAUCCUACGCCAUUUUGUCUUUAAGCACAUGUGCCAGUGGCCAUUUUGUCUUUGUCUUUAAGCACAUGUGCCAGCGGCCAUGUUGUCUUAGUUUUUUGAAAAGGUAUAUUGGGCUAUUGGUGGGAGGCACAUCCCCUGCAUAUAACCCUAACAGUUGUUCUAUUGUAUAUAAUAGAUUUUCAUCUUUACAUUUCAUAACAGUAAAGUUCUCUUUGAACUUUUUGGAACAUUCUUUACAUUUUUGUAAUACCUCUCUGCUGUUCCCUGCAGUCUAUUGACUGCUACGUCCUCCAGGAUAGGGGGUUUUCCUAAGGAAGAGACCAUCACAUGGUGUUGUAAUUGUAAUUGUCCUUUUGUGAGAGUGAAGGAAGAGUGUUGCAUGGUUUACAACAUAAGGCUAUUUGUUAACUAGCUGUUUCUCUUUUUAUACUCCUUGUUUUCCUGCUUUUUCUCUCUUUAUUUUCCUCUCUUUAUCCUUCCUUCUGUCCUUUAUUCUCCCCAUCUCUCUCACUUUUCUCCAUUUCUCUCUUUUAAAACACUUUUGCUCUCUCUCUCUGUCUAUAACUACCACACUAACUCUUUACCUUGUUUUUGGCUAGCCCUCUUUUCUGUUUUAAUCUAUUCUCAAACCAACACAUUCUCUGUAGGUUUGGUUGGAAGACAUCUUUUCCGUCAUUGGAAGUCUGGUAGUGUAAGAUAGCUGCUGUCUGCUUAUGAAAGUUGCUGUUAGGAAGGAAAUUCCUGUUAAUUAUGACCAUAAGGACUGUGCUGCAAAGUCGGACUGUAUACUGUGAAAAAACAGUGAACUGGUUAGCUUUUUGUGAGGAGAAAAAGUGGGCCAAGCCUACUCGGGUUCAUCAAUUGUCGCGUGAGCUUUGUUCUCUUUUCUCUUCCCCUCGAGGUCCAUCUUAAGGGUGGAAGGUGUCCGCGGUUCGUACCGGAAGCUUGGGGGACGGAACUUGGGGAGGUGAACUGGGGAGGGGUUUCUCUGUUUCUAUCUGUUUUUCUAGCCACUUUCUCUCAAAACCUAUUGGCCUGACUGGGGUGACCAGGUGUCCGUGGUUCGUACCGGAAUCCCUAGGAAGGUUCAACUAUAUCUCCCUUGUUCUCACUUCCUGUCGCUCCCUCUCACUUGCUGUCAACACUCCAGACAUUGGGGACUCUUAUCCUGCAGUCAGGGCGCUGUUUUGAGCCAAUUUAGCACGAGGGAUAAGGAAGAUGUCCGUGGUUCGUACCUGUCCGGAUACCUCAGCCGCUGAUCCUUCUCUCUGAGUGGGCUAUGGUGGAUAAUGUCCGUGGUUCGUAUUUGAAGCCCUAGAGCUACUCAGAGGACGAACAGGUAAGGAUCGACGGCGGUCUGCGCGGUGGACGUAGACACUGUAGGUGGAUGCAACUAUUUGGAAAAAGCUCGAUACUCGAGUAUUGGUGUAGGGACAUCUAGGGAACAGAAGGGUACCACUUCUGAGUUCAGGACGGCUCAGCAGCACAUGAAAUCCACAUAUGGAGGAGGGACUGUUAAGCCCCUCAAAGAUUGGCACAAAUGGUCUUCAGGUUUAGAAUGGUCCAUCCCUAAGGAGGGGACGUUUGAGGUCUGGAUCUGGGAAAAGUUCGUCCGUGAGUUCCACUCCAGACUCCAAACACAUGGGUCUUUAGAGAAGGCCAAUUUGUGGUUACAGGAAUCUACCAAGCCUUAGCAGCAGGGCAUUCAAAAGUCUCAGACAGUAAGGUCAAACAUAAUCAUGUACUUCCGUCCAGCCAGAACUGCGGAAAGCAAUAAUGAUAAGGACGAGACAGAGCUGCAAACAGGUUUAAAUUUGCUAGCAACACAGGUCAUCUCAACAGCCUCAGCUCAUCUAUCUCCAUCACCAUCCCCACAUCCGGAAUCCGCAAAAGAUGCCUCUGACAAAACGGAUUACUGCCGCCUUGGAAAAUCCGAUUUGGUCACCUUAUGUGAAGCCAGAGGUAUCUCUAUAAUAGACAAAUCCAAAUUAGAAUGCAUAGAGGCCUUGGAAAGGGAUGACUUCUAACAGGGCCCUGAGGGGGAUUACAGGCGCUACGGGGGGGGGGGGGGCAAGGAAUUCUGUAAGCAACUGACAGACAAAAUGCCCACUAUGUAUAGUGUUGUGUCCCCAUUCCAGUUUAUGACAGCGAUCCAGGGCCCAGAUGAGGACGCCUCGGUCUAUUGGCAGAGGUUAAAACAAGGGGUAACAGAUGCAGGGUUUGAGCCAGGUCCAGAUGCCCCAGAGAACACCCAGCCAGUAUCGCCCAUCCAUCUAAUGUUAAAGGCUAAAUUUCUGGCUGGAUUGGUGCCUAAGCUAAGAGAUAGGCUAAUGGUUGCAUGACCAGAGGCCCAUUCUAUGAGUUUCCACUCCCUUAUGGCAACAAUCCAGGCCAUAGAACUGGACCUGCAUGCAAGGAAAGAGGCCAAGUCGGCCAAAAUCAUGGCAGCUCUUGAGCUAAUAGCCCAGGACCACCAUCCCUAUACUAGGAAAAAGAAACUCACCAAACGUACUAAUAUAACUUGUUUUAAUUGCGAUCAAAAAGGACAUUUAGCGCGCCACUGUACAGAAAAUGAGGACAAGAAAGAACAAAAUUCUCCUAGUCCUUAUAAAGUUGUUCCUGACCGGCCUCAUGCACAUACAGUAACCCAAACCCGGGGAAAUCUUUUUGUAGUACGGAGGGCCCCCCGGGAACCUACCAUUUCAUACCAGACCCUGAAACAGUUAAAACCAUCGGAGCUGCUACACAGUCCCAUAGCUUCGCCCAGAUUGAUAGAUAUCUCCAAAUCGGGGUCUUAACCCCAACACAAUCACCCUGUAAUACACCUUUAUUUCCAGUGGCAAAAAAAUCAGCCAAGGGUCAGGAAGUCACUUGCCGACUGGUCCAUGAUCUCAGAGCCAUUAACAAAAUCAUAGUCAGUGAUGCCCCGUUAGUGCCUAAUCCUCACACAUUACUUGCGUCCAUUCCUCCUACUACUGUACUUUAGUGUAAUCGACUUGUCUAAUGCCUUCUUUUCUGUUCCACUAGAUCCACAGUGUCAAUACAUCUUUGCUUUUUCGUUCCAGGGUAGACAGCUGACAUGGAUCCGGUUACCACAGGGGUCCAUGACUAGCCCAUCGGAAUAUAGUUGCAAGCUAAAGGUGGUAUUAGACCAGUGGGUGCCAGAGGAUCCGGAGGUCGCACUGUUAUAAUAUGUGGACAAUCUAUUAGUUUGUUGCCCGGACAAGGAUUCAUGCUAUAGACACACUAUCUCGCUAAUGAACCAUCUGGCAUCCACUGGGAAUAGGGCUAGCAAGGAAAAAUUGCAGUUUUGUAAGGAGAAGGUUGUUUUUCUAGGCCACUGUAUCUCAAAAGGGAACCAACACCUGACAACACAACGGAUACAGACUCUCAAAGACUUCACCCGACCUCGUAAUGCCCGACAGUUGAGAGCCCUUCUAGGUCUGAUCAAUUACAGCAGAGAUUGGAUCCCUAAUAUUUCAUUCAGAAUGGGUCCUCUCUAUACUUUCUGUGUUAUUACAGAAAGUUGGUGACAUAGUUUUAGAUUCCCCCUCUAACCUUUCUCAUCCCACACUCUGUCCAAGAGAUUCUCAACCAGGUCCAGACCAAACAUCUUUCAGCAGCACCUCUGACCAAAUCUGAAGUGACUCUCCUUACCCCUACUAACCUCACACUGAGACGAUGCACAAUCCUCAAUCCCGCAUCUUUUCUCCCAACCCAUUCUGACUCGGAAGAAGAGGGGGGGGGGACGAAGGGAUUGUGACUGACUCUAACCCAACCAUGACAGAACCAACAGACAAUCACAACUGUCUUGAACUCAUGGAACCCGAGACAGAAGCAGUACAACAUCCACCUCCCUUAAGGUCAAGGAACGUGACGGGUGGAUCUACGCCAGCCACUGCAAGAAGCUGCUGGACUAUCAAGUGCAAUGAUCAGGUGCAUUGUUUCUAUAUACACUUGUUGUUUAAUGUAUUUUGGAUACUGUUAUGAGGAGUCACAUCCGAAUUUACUGUUCAAGAUGCAUUUACAAUUAGCAAAGACAGCAAAUAGGUCCAACUGCUGGAUGUGCUCCAAACCCGCUCCGAGCCAGAGCAUCCCGGCAAUGGCGGCAGUACAUGCCCUUUAUGACAUCAGGGUGGGCAUGAGAAAAUUUAGUCCUUCAGGUAGAUCAGCGGAACGUCAUCUGUCCAUAGAAUUUAAUCAGACAUUCUUAGAUGGUAAUGACACCUAUGGUCUUGAUGUCAGCCCCGAGGCUUUUACUAGAUUUAGCAGACCCGUGUGGGUAUCCGGUCAAUUAGGCCAGUCCGGGAUUUGUUUUAAUAUCAGCUCUGGUUUUGGAGCCAAGUCCCUGGGGAGGACCGAAUGCCCAUCUGGGAUAACCAUCCAGAUCGACCAUAGAAUCCCUGACAGUAACAACCUAACCACCAGACAUGAUUAUGUCUGCUGGGGGGGAGGGUGUGACAUUCAGGAGGGUGCAGCAAUCCCAUUAUCCAUCCAGUUGUUGCGCAAUGCCCGUAACCCCAAUGACCUUUGUGUCUCAUUAACUGGGCCCUAUUACUUUUUGUGCGCCCAGGCUGCCUAUAGAGUCGUUCCCCUGAAUACUAGAGGGUCAUGCUCCUUAGUCAGGUUAGUCCCUGCCUCCUACAUUGCCGACGGUCACAAGGACCUGAUGGUGCAGAGGAGGGUAAGUGUGGGAAGAAGGACCAGGAGAGAGUUAUUCUCCGCAGGGGACCGUGCAUGGGCAUGGUUUCCGGCAUGGACCAGAUGGGGUAUAGAACUUAUGAAGCGGCUAAAUAAUUUCUCCAUCAUAAUGGACGAGAUGUUUAAUGAGACAGUCGAAGCCAUGAGAGAAAUUUCUUCUGAACAACGACAGCUGAAGAUCCUUAUGCUUCAGGAGAAAAUGGCUCUCGACUAACUUUUAGCAUCAAAGGGGGGUUUCUGUGAGUUAAUUGCUGAGGAUUGCUGUACCUGGGUGGAAGAUACUGGGGACAAGGUUCAAGCCCAUCUUGACAAGGUGAAAGCGUUACAGGGACAAGCACGCACUAUUGCAGAUGAGGGUUGGAACCCCUUUAAAGGUUUAGGGGGCUUUGGUGAUAUGUUGUUUUCUAUUGGAUCAUGGCUUAAAGAAGUUGGAGUGUAUGUCCUGAUGCUGCUCUGCUUUCUUUUCCUCCUCUAUGUGUCGGCGAGAAUGACCUGUUGUUUGGUGAACCAAGUUGCAAAGAGCCAUGCAGAGGACCAUGUGAUGAUUCCAUAAAGAGCCAUCGCCUGAAGCAUCCGGAACCCUUUACCUCAGGAAGAUCAGCACAGGAAGAACCACCACCUUUUUUUUAACACAAACUAUGGACUGUCCCUAAAAAAACCGACUUCUUCCCUUCUUGGAGACUUUUUUUGGGCUGUUCUUCUCAAAGAAGAUAUAACCAGAAACCUUGUAUGAUGACAUCACCUCCCUGAAGGCCAGUCUGGACCUCAUGAUCAAGAUAUAAAGAAGAUCAAGAAUAUAAGGCCGGUUCUUCUUGUUAUUGCAUUUGUAGUGUAGCAUGUUCCCUUUUCUUUCUGUACCCUUUAGAAGCUUUUCAAUAUCUAAUUAAUGUACACUGUUUGUAUAACUUUUAUAAUGCAAUAAAGGCAGGGAGAUGGAUAGUGUAUAACAAUAUAUUAUGGACUAUAGAUUAUGUCCAGGUACAUGUGUGACUGGCUAUUUGCUGUGGAACACAGAACAAUACUGUUGUACUGUAAAUAAAAGAAAAUACUACUAUUA